AUGUCGUGCCUGAGCCUCACCCCACUGCUCGUGCUGGUGCUGGUGCUGGGGGUCAGCCUGGGGGCUGCCUUUCCCCAUGACACCCUGAGGAAGGGCUGCAGCCUGUCCAAGUACCGGAACAUUGACCCCGACGAGCGGAAGGCUGUGGACAAGAUGAGACAAGAGUUUGUGAACAACCACAAAUGCAACACGAGGCUCUUCCACCGGAAAUGGAAUGCUGUACACCUGCCGAUGUCCGACCGAGUGGUUCUGGUGGUGGCGGAGCUGAACCUCACCACGGCCAUGCUGGAGCUCCCCGCUGCCCCCAGCUUUGCCGAGGUGCGCCAGCGGCCCCUGGAGUUUUUCUCCCACGCCCGUGAGGAUGUGCGGGGCUGUGUGGAUCCUUCGCACCAGCCCUCGGGCAGGCUGCGGCACUGGCUGCACAAGCUGCAAGUGGCCAUGCGAACAAGCACGGCGUGCCUGAGGGCCACCACCAUCCUGCACGUCCUGCAGGUGCUGGACAACCUGCGCUGCGCUGCCCUGCUGGACAAGUGCUGA